AUGAAUUCAGGAGUUUCGAUUCAAUUUCCUCUCUUUGACGAGACCCAUUCGUGUCGUAUUUUUGAGCAGCAAUAUUCGCAAAUUUAUUUUGUCAGACUAAACCAACUACGCCAAUCUAUUCUUGAAUCAUUUCUGUCUUCAACGACUUCGACUUCACCAACACACACGCAAUGCAGACUUUUGGAUCUAAAAUUGGAUGUUCCAUCUUUUGUUGUUGGAACAAUUUAUAUAGAUCUUCCCAAAAAGCCGAAUGUUCUUUCUGAGCUUUCAACACAACUGAACAUCAAUUCUUCUUUUCCUCAAUAUUUCGGAAAUGACAUCCCAGCGUAUGGCGAUGAUAACGCCUUUGCUAGAAACAUUUUUGCAGAAGAUGAAUCUGGAAGAAUACAAAUUACCUUUUCUGAAAAUGUAAAGCUUCGAAGUUUUGUUACCUCUGGUAUGGUUCUAGGUCUCACCGGCCGACAAGCCAAAAUUGAGAAAAAACCACUCUUUGUGGUGGACUCCAUAUAUUUCGCCUCAUCUUUCGAUAACCUCACUCCGGUUUUUGCACUACCUAACAUUAAGAAAAAAAUUUCCUCCAACGAUAUUGUCAUUGCAUGUUCGCUAUUUUCCUCCUUUGAAUCGGAAAAUUUCCUAAGCCUGCAAAAAAUGUUUUCCUUUCUACAGAUGGAAGAAAUGAACACCCCGAAUAGAGUUAUAAUUGCUGGAAAUAUUUGUGCCUUAGAUUCUCAAGCUGAUGCGGAUACAGCAUGUUUUAUUUCUGAUCUUGACAAUUUUAUUUACGAAUAUCUCGUUGAUACAAAUAAGUCUGUCAUUCUUAUUCCUGGCUCUAAUGAUCCCACCUCAAUUUCCCUGCCUCAAAGGCCUAUAGUUAGAGGGCUAUUUGAGAAGAGUUCUUCCCUUUUAAAAUCUCAAUUUGAAUUGACAACAAAUCCUUCCUAUUUGACAUUGGACGGGAAAAAGGUUUUGGUCGUGUCCGGCCAAAAUAUCGAUGACAUGGCCAGAUAUUAUGCCAAGCGAGCUUCUCAUUCUGAAAAUCUUGAUGAAGGGCAACUCAGGCUUAUCCUUGCGCAAAUUACUUUGGUCUCCAGACACAUUGCACCAACAGCACCAGAUACAUUAUGUUGA